AUUUUAUUAUAAUAAAUAAAAAUGGAUUUCAAUAAUUUUUAAUGCAUUUAACUAAAAUAAAUAAAUGUAUUAAAAUUUAUUUUUAUUUAAAUAAAUAAUCCAUCUUAUAGGCAAGUAGGAAAGAAUGCAUUGAUGCAUCAUAAUAGAAACUGAAUAUUUUCCAAAUAAUAUUAUACGCAUAUUUAUAAUAUUAAUUUUUCAUAAUAAUAAUUAGUUAUUUAUGCAUAAAAAUAUAUGGGGAUGAUCAUAUUUGGGGCUCUAACCCUGAUCUAGAAUAAACUGAAGUCAGUCCAGGACUAGAGACGCUCCUGGUUAAAUCCAUCCGAUCACAUCCAGCAAAAUAACAAGAGGACAAAAUAUGAAUAAUUCAUCAGUCAUCUCAAUGAUGCGUAUGUGUAAGCCAUAAAUUAUGUGCACAGAUUCAGUGUGCGCAAAUUGAUUGAUCUCCUUAAGAGGCACAUAAUUUUGCAUGAAAACAUUUGUAUUUGUCAAACUUGUUUCAGCCCUGAAGGCUUGAGACUCGUUCAUGCAGAAUAAUGAGUCUCGUGAUACACACACACACACAGUCCAGGAAUAAACUUCAGCUCCGACGGCUCCAUGAAUCUCCUCAAGCAUCAGUAAUCGGUGGGAACGAUGAGGAAAGACACGGUUCUUCACCGGAGGAAGCGGAGAGAUGUUCUGCUCUAUAUCAUCGCCAUAGUUUUGCUUAUAUUUGCAGCGAUUCAUCUCGUCUUCUCCGUCGGAAAGAGUUUUCAGGGUUCGGCUCCUGCGAGAGUCCGUCGGGAUGUUGAAAAUGCGAGCGACUGCGUCCCGCCGCAGUCCUCAGAAUUUCCCGAAGGAUUCUUCACGCUUCAGGAGAGGAAAGACGGAGGGAUUCUGAUUUACUUCAUGAUCAUCUUCUACAUGCUUCUGGCCGUCUCCAUCGUGUGUGAUGAUUAUUUCCUGCCGUCACUCGAGGUCAUCAGCGAGCGUCUCGGUCUCUCACAAGAUGUUGCUGGAGCCACUUUCAUGGCAGCGGGGAGCUCGGCGCCGGAACUCGUCACUGCGUUUCUGGGUGUGUUUGUGACUAAAGGAGAUAUCGGCGUGAGCACCAUCAUGGGAUCGGCCGUGUAUAACCUGCUGUGCAUCUGUGCGGCGUGUGGCCUCUUGACCUCUGUGACGGCUCGCCUCACCUGCUGGCCGUUGUUCAGAGACUGUGUCGCAUACGCCAUCAGCGUCGCCGCAGUCAUUGCCAUAAUCUCAGAUAACAGAGUUUACUGGUGAGUCUGUGACGCUUACGGUAAUGAUUCUCCCAGCCAACGUUCCCAUUAAAGGGUUAGUUCACCCAAAAAUGAAAAUAAUAUCAUUAAUUACUCUCCCUCAUGUCGUUCCACACCCGUAAGACCUUCGUUCAUCUUAAGA